GGCGUCCAUUGUAUAUGAACAGUCGAUUUCAACUGUAACUGUAACGAAAAGAACGAAUCAAUACUGAUGUGUGCUUGGCUAUAGUUAACUGUGAUGUUAUUUGCUUAUCCAUUUUUCUCAGGGUCGCUAAUUCCCCACCAUAAUCUUUUAGGUGCAUCCGAUGAGGGGAGAUGAAAUGAAAAAAUUAUUUCCCCUCCAUGACAUAGACAUUGCGAUAGUUCGAAUUCCAAGACACACAAGAAAUACUCGAGUUCCACUCACACAAGAAACCUCGAACCUCACUCAUUCCCAUUUCACACCUCUACACACAUAGCCAUCAUGUCCACCCUCUCUCCAUACAAAGCCGAAUUUCUCAAAGCCGCAAUCGAUGGCGGGGUCCUCAAGUUCGGCAGCUUCGAAUUGAAAUCGAAACGAAUCUCUCCUUACUUUUUCAACGCCGGCGAUUUCUACCGCGCAGAUCUCCUCCGUGCCAUUUCUACUGCUUAUGCGAAGGCUAUUAUCGAGGCACAAGAAGCAAACAUUCUGGACUUCGAUAUUGUGUUUGGACCUGCAUACAAGGGUAUUCCACUUGCGACAGCUACCGUGGACAAGUUGGCCGAUUUGGACUCAAAAUACAAUACCAUGUGUUAUUCUUUCGACAGAAAGGAAGCAAAGGAUCACGGAGAGGGAGGAAAUAUCGUAGGAGCUCCUUUGAAGGGAAAGAGAGUUUUGAUUGUGGAUGAUGUUGUGACUGCUGGAACUGCAAAGAGGGAGGCUAUUGAUAAGAUUCGCAAGGAGGGUGGUAUUGUAGCUGGUAUUUUGGUAGCAUUGGAUCGCAUGGAAAAAUUGCCUUCGCCAACUGGUGAUGAUAGCGCACCAAUGCCAAGUGCGAUUGGCGAGAUCAGAAAAGAAUACGGUAUUCCGGUUUUGUCUAUCUUGACAUUGGAUGAUAUCAUUGGAGGUCUCAGUGGCAUCGCAUCAGAGGAAAAUGUCAAGAAUAUGGAAGAAUACAGGGCUAAGUACAAGGCCAGCGAUUAAUAGAUCCGAUACCCUGUCCAUAAACCAUGAUACCCGUACGAACAAAUAUACCAGCAUUUCA